CGUAACUGAAGAAUUAGUGGAAUCUUUAAAAUAUAUGCUAUUCCAGUCAAGUGGACGUGAGAACUUUAUUGUAGUGUUCAUUACCUCACAGAAGCUUAUCGAAAAUGCUAAUUCGAUACAUUUUGUGCCAAACACUCCAAGAAACCGACAUUCGAAUGUAAAAAAAAAAAAAUCUUAAGACUAGGUUGUAUCGGCAUUGUUCCCUUUGCCUUUCUUGAAAAGGGAGAAACUUAAAAGAAAACAUAUUCCUGUUGUAGUGUUGUCAAAUUUCAUUAUGUCAAUCGCCGAGUCGAAUUCGAAUGCGCGAUAUAACCGCAGUUUAUGUAAUAAAAAAAUACAUUUAAUUUCAACUUGAUUACUAUUAUAUUGUUUCUAUAAAAUAUAAACAUGACUGUGUACUUAUCAAGAAUCAUAUUCAACGCUGUGCGCAGUGCAUCGACGAGAUGUCUCAGCGUACCGGAACUUUUUCUGCCGCAAAUUGGUUUUCAUUCUAGGAAAAGCGUUUUUAUUUGUUUACCGUGCACUGCUCAAUGUAGGAAUUACUCCAGUGGUGGUGUCCAGUCUACUGUUGCGUUAGAUAGUCCCUCAAUACCUUUGAAAAAGAAGAUAUUGUAUAAAAAAGUUUCUCUGGACGACCUGACAAAUAAAGAUGGGCAUUACCUGUCUAUGGCGUACGUGACCGCAAACAGCUAUGAUUUGAAAGGCUUGAAGGAAGCCUUGGUGCAACAGAAGCUUUAUGAGCCAGCAACGCUGCAAGCACAAGAAGUUGGCGAUGUGGUAAUAGCUAAUGCGGUGUAUAGUGUGGGCUCGGAACCACGGGAGAUCAUCUUCUUCAGGGAAGGUGCUGUUGUUUUCUGGAAUUGCACUGAGUUGGAAGCCAGCAACGUCUUGGAAUUAGUCAGAAAAUAUGAAGAAGAUAGCUAUCCAAGAGACGUAAUUGCAAAGGAGAGAGAAGUGAUGACUUACAGUUACAACCCAAAUGCGAAGAAAUGUUACCUCCAAGAGUCUGGUUUUGUGUUAGUUCCAGAGAAAGAUAAUUUAUUGGAAAAGUUUGCCUUCAGUCACGCCAUGGCGCAGUCAGCCCGAUUAGGUGCGUGGGAGGCGCGACUAGAAGCCCUCGCGGCCGCGGUACGGAAACACACGCGCCUCGUCAGCGCCGCGCAGAUACCGCACGACGAUGUAGUCAGCAAGUUAGGCGAGUUGUUCUCACUAAGACAUCAGCUCAACGUAGAAUCGGACUUGCUGGACACGCCGGACUUCUACUGGGAGCAGGAGGAGUUGGAACGGAUAUACUCCAGCACUGUCGCUUACUUCACCAUACCCAGGCGGACCAGGGUAUUGAACGAGCGUCUAGCCCACUGCGUAGAAUUACUAGAACUUUUAUCUCAAUGGGCGUCUGAUCGUCACCACGUGAGGCUGGAGUGGAUGAUCAUAGCGUUGAUCCUUGUGGAAGUCUGCUUCGAACUGCUGCACUUCUUUGAGAGGUAUAGGAAAGAUGAUGCUACUACAGUAUCAAUAUAGUUAUCCUUUUAUAUUUGAAGCAUUUAACUGCUAGAUGUUUA